AUGGACCUCGAAGAGGCCGUGAGGAAAGCAGCUGCGUUGGCGGCAGAGCUCAAUCGAACAGAGAUUUACGGCAUGGUAAAGGGCUCAAGCUACCCAGAUUGGACGUGGAAUCCUCGACCUGGUUACUUCGUAGGGAACACAAAUCCUGUGCCUGAUAAAGGCAUCCCAUCGCUGAACCUACAGGACAACGGCCAGGGUUACCGAACCUUUGAGGCACGGCAGGUUCCACAAGUGACAGCUUUCCCAGCAACACUGGCCAUGGCUGCUACGUGGGAUGAGGAGCUGGGCCGCGAAUGGGGCGAAGCCUUGGGACGGGAGUUCUUUGCAAAAGGUGCAAAUGUCUUGCUUGGCCCUGGUCUAAACGUUCAUCGAGUUGCCCGAAAUGGGCGAAAUAUCGAGUACUUGUCUGGAGAAUCGGGAUAUUUGGGUUCCAGGCUAGUCCGGGGCUAUGUCGAGGGCGUCCAUUCGCAGCACGUCCUUACCGUGAUGAAGCAUUUCAUUGCCAACCAUCAGGAAACCAUUCGGUCAGAUGUAGAUGCUCAAGUGACCAACCGCACGCUGUUCGAAACUUAUUAUCCGCCCUUCCAGGGGGCCGUUGAUGCUGGCUGUCUGGCAGCCAUGUGUGCCUACAACAAGGUGAAUGGCGAGCAUGCCUGUGGUAACUCUGAGAUUCUGACAGACCAUCUCAGAAGCCAUCUGCAGUACAAGGGCUGGGUCAUGAGUGACUGGUGGGCAACUCACAGCUUUGCUGCUGUGGAUGGCUUAGAUCAAGAGAUGCCUGGCAAUUGCAUUUCCACAAAGCCAGAUUGGCAGACUUUCUUCACCCCGACAAACCUGGACACGCUUCCUGAUGAAAAGGUCCAGGACAUGGCUACGCGAAUCCUCACCGGAGUGGUACGAUAUGGGCUCAUGGAGAACCCUGUCUGCUCCCCAUCGGAGGGCGGCUGUUUGGAUGAGCAGUUUGAUGUUGUAGCCACCAGCAGAAAGCACCAGCAGCUUGCACGGAAAAUCGUAGCUGACUCCGUAAUUCUUCUCAAGAAUGAUGGAGACGUUCUGCCUUUUACGAGGGACUUGAAAAAGAUCGCGCUGUUGGGCUCAGCUUGUGAUCCGCCUAACGAUGUAGAGAAAUUACUCAAGCAGUGGGAUUUGCCCAACUACUACACCAUGGGCGGGUCGGGCCGAGUAGUUCCCAACAAUCCAUUGUCAAUUCUCAAGGCUGUUGAAGAAUACUGCAGUAUUUCUGGUUGCGAAGUGGUGGCUGAGCUGAACGACACGGUGGAAGAUGCCUUGAGCAUUGCCAAGGGCGCUGAUGUGGCCGUCAUUUGCUCGGCCACAACAUCCUCUGAGGGCAACGAUCGGCCAAGCCUGUCGGUUGACCAAGAAAGCUAUGUGGUUGAGGUGGCAACGCACCUUACCAACAUUUCCAAGGUUUCCAUCAGCAUCAUCCCUGGUGCCAUUGUUAUUCCGUGGAUCGACCAUGUCGAUGCAGCUUUGGCUGUUUUCCUAGCUGGUGAGGCAACUGGAACAGGAAUUUUGGAUGUGCUAAGCGGCUUUGUGACUCCUGGGGGUAAGCUUCCUGUGACAUUUCCGCUGGAAGAGACCGAUGCCAUACAACCAUGUGAAAAUGCCACAUGCGAGUAUACAGAAGCGCUCUUCGCUGGUUUUCCUUGGUAUGAGGACAAAGAGGUCGCAUUCCCAUUUGGGCACGGAUUGUCCUAUACUAAGUUCAGCUAUGAGCUUCUGUCGCUUGGACCCCUGUGUGAGGGUGAAAUCUUGCCUGGCCAUCCCGGACAGAGACCGCCUGGACGGCCUGGCACUCUGAGACAGCCAGGUGGAAGGCCAGGUCGACCAGGCCGACCAGGCCGACCAGGUGGCCGUCCAGGACGUCCAAAUCACGACGUGUUGGUUUGUGCAGAGGUAAAGCUGCUCAAUGCAGGACCUGUGCGAGGUUCCGAGGUGGUGCAGUUGUAUUUGGGCUUUCCAGAAGGUCUGGACGAGCCACAAAAGCUGCUUCGAGGCUUUUCCAAGGUCCAGCUUCCUCCAGGGAGGGCAGCUUAUGUGAAACUACCAUUGAGCGCCCGCGAGAUUUCUAUUUGGUCGGAAGAGAGCCUGUGGCACAUCCCUAAUGGAACCUUCAAAGUUUUCAUAGGCUCCUCAAGUCGAGACAUCCGGGCUGAGGCAGAAUUUGUAGUGGCCAACGGCCAAGUUGCAUUUAAUUCGUCAGCUCAAGUCUGA